AUGGACAAGAUCGUUGCCCAGUAUUCACGCCCACAGCACCAAAAUGAGUUCUACUCAGAGCAAGAGCAAGAGGAACUUAACGGUGGCCUCCCUCCACUGUCCCUGAAGUUCGCCCUUCCUCCUGUUUCCGACCACUCUGCUUUCCUUCGUGCUAUGACCGAUGACCACUCCAACCCCAACUGCCCCAUCAAACUCGCUCACGGAACAACAACCUUGGCCUUCCGAUUCCAGGGCGGUAUCAUCGUGUGCACCGACUCCCGAGCAACUGCUGGAAAUUGGAUCGCAAGUCAGACAGUGAAGAAAGUUAUUCCCGUGUCGCGAUUGAGCCGUGGCGAAGACAAGCCUUCAAAUGACCCUACACCCGGUCUUUUGGGUACUAUGGCCGGUGGCGCAGCUGAUUGUCAAUACUGGUUGCGGUAUUUGAGUCAGCAGUGCACUCUGCAUGAAAUCCGACACAAGCGCCGAAUCACCGUCGCAGCCGCAUCCAAGAUUCUCGCCAACUUGACCUACUCAUACAAGGGCUACGGUCUGAGCAUGGGAACCAUGCUAGCAGGAGUUACUCCUCAAGAAGGACCAGCCCUGUACUACAUCGAUUCUGACGGCACCCGUCUAGCCGGUAACCUGUUCUGUGUUGGCUCCGGUCAGACAUUUGCCUACGGUGUGUUGGAUUCAAACUACCGCUAUGAGAUGGAGGUGGAUGAAGCGUUGGCUCUGGGCCGCCGUGCCAUUUUGGCUGCUAUGCAUCGUGACGCUUACUCUGGUGGCUUUAUCAACUGCUACCACGUCAAGGAGGAGGGAUGGGUGCACCACGGCUUCGAUGACAUGAACCCUAUCUUCUGGAAGACGAAGCUUGAGUCUGGCGAGUUCUCGAAUGUUACUUCGGCCUUGUAG